AAGAAAAAGAACGAACGUCGCCUUGUUAUGACGCGAGUUCAACGUGUGUGUGACAUUGGUGUGGUGUGAAUUAUCUGAACAGAUCAGUAUGGCCCUGUUUCAGUCAGGAUUGAUUCUGCCCAAACUGAUGCAGCAAAAGGCUUUCAGUGUCUCAGCAGCUAUGGCUGCAAUUCAGAAGUUAACACGAGUAAGAGUGGUCGACAACAGCGCUCUUGGGAAUGCCCAUCAUCACCGUCCACCAAAGGUCAUUCAUGUUUACACCAAGAAUGGAGUUGGUAAAGUGGGAGACAGAGUUUUGCUGGCUAUUAAAGGACAGAAGAAAAAAGCUCUCAUAGUUGGUCAUAAGAUGCCUGGUGCUCAAAUGACACCACGCUUCGAUUCAAAUAACGUUGUUUUGAUUGAGGAAAAUGGAAACCCCACAGGAACUAGAAUUAAAGCUCCUUUACCAACCCAGCUGCGCAAAAUGGAGGGAGACUAUUCUAAACUUUUAGCCAUUGCUCAGCGAUUUGUGUAGAUCAGCGUUUUCUGUAUUCUGGGAGGGAAAAUCCCAAAUGAGUCUCCUCUAUCGAACUUCCUGUUUUUGUAAAUAUCAAAAGAACUGUUCUUGCUAUUCAAGACAUUUGUUCUCAUGGUUGCUUGCUGAAUAAUUUAUAAUAAAAUAUAUGAAUGUAACUAUA